CACCAUAAUAAAUUAGCAAAUUCACCAUACACUUAUCUAUCUUCAUAAAAUCGUCGAGAAUUCACCUUUUUCCUCUGUUUGGUAUUUUUAUUUUUAUUUUUCUGUCUUUCUUUCAGCUAGACUGUAAUUGCUUGUAGAGAGAGAGAGAGUCCUAUGCUGGGUGGGGACUCGGGUAGCAGGGUGUUGGAGAGCUCCGACGAUGCGGCUGAGGCCAUGGCAGCGGCCGUGACAGCUCAGCAAGGCGCCGAGGUUGGCGGCGUUGGAUCAAACUCAGGUGAAGAAGAUAAGGGUGACCGAAGUUACGGUGGAAACCGGUGGCCACGACAGGAAACUUUGGCACUCUUGAAGAUACGGUCCGACAUGGACGUGACCUUCAGGGAUGCAAGCGUUAAGGGUCCCUUGUGGGAAGAGGUUUCCAGGAAGCUAGCAGAACUUGGUUAUCAUCGAAGUGCCAAGAAAUGCAAGGAGAAAUUCGAGAACGUGUACAAAUAUCACAAAAGAACCAAAGAAGGCCGCACGGGGAAACCUGAUGGAAAGACAUAUCGUUUCUUCGAUCAACUGGAAGCUCUCGACAAUCAUCCUAAUUCCCUGCAAUCAUCCAGUACGCCGGCAAAGUCUUAUCAUACAGCUCCACCAGCAGUGGUACCGGCGACAGUAGUAAUGCGGCCAUUCAUUAACCCUCCUAGUCUUCCACAGAUCACUGUUACAUCAACGACGCAUAGUAGUAUGAAUAUUGCCGCACCGGUGAUAAACCUUACAAUUCCUUCGUUCCCACCCACAAACCCUACGAUUCUCCCAACGCCACCGAUAGCGACAAACCCUUCUCAGAUUAGCGCAAACAUUCCAUCUUCUUUCCCGAAUCUUUCUGCUGAUCUUAUUUCCAAUUCCACUUCUUCUUCCUCGACUUCCUCGGACGAAGAAAUACUGGAAGUGCGGCGCAAGCGAAAGAGGAAAUGGAAGGACUUCUUCCAGAGACUAAUGAGGGAGGUGAUACAGAAGCAAGAGGAGCUGCAUAGGAGGUUUUUGGAGGCCAUAGAGAAGCGCGAACACGAACGCAUGGUUCGCGAAGAAGCUUGGAGAGUGCAAGAGAUGGCGAGAAUCACUAGAGAACGAGAAAUAUUAGCCCAGGAAAGAUCGAUAGCGGCGACCAAGGACGCAGCGGUGAUGUCAUUCUUGCAAAAGAUAUCCGAACAGCAAAACCCGGAUCAAGCAGCUCAAUUUGAUCUGCCGCCACCACAGCCAGUACAACAACCAGCAGCACCACCUCCGGCAUUAAUACCAGUACAACAUUCGGCACCAAUAUCGGCCCCGACUGCAGCAGCAACAGUACUGCCACAAACGGUGACUAGUUUGGGAAUCCAGAAGAUCGAUAAUAAUGGGGGGAGCUUCACACCGAGAAACUCUUCGAGAUGGCCUAAAGUCGAGGUUCAAGCUUUAAUAAAGCUACGGACCAAUCUUGAUGAGAAGUAUCAAGACAGUGGGCCAAAGGGCCCUCUGUGGGAGGAGAUCUCGGCCGCCAUGAGAAAGCUUGGAUACAACCGAAGCGCGAAGAGAUGUAAAGAGAAGUGGGAGAACAUCAACAAGUACUUCAAGAAGGUCAAGGAAAGCAACAAAAAGAGGCCCGAGGACUCAAAAACGUGUCCCUACUUUCACCAGCUAGAUGCUUUAUACAGAGAAAAGAACAAAUUCGAAAACCCAGUAUCCUCGAAUCAAGUAAAGCCCGAAAACAACAUGGUGCCAUUGAUGGUGCAGCCGGAGCAGCAAUGGCCACCUCGGCAGGAUCAGCAGCCAUCGGACACGGCAAUGGAAGAUGCGGAAAGCGAACCAAUGGAUGAAAACCAAGAGGAUGAUGAUGAUGAUAAGGAUGGAGACGAGGAGGAGGAGGAAGAUGAAGAGGGGAGUGCUAAUUUUGAGAUAGUGGCAAGUAAACCUGCUUCCAAUAUUGGUGCAGCUGAGUGAGACAUGGCUGAUCGAUCGAAAAGAAAGUCCAAGGAAUUAGGGGGUCGGGUUUGCACGGGUUGUCGGGCGGGAAGUGGACCACCGGGUUCUGGCUGUGGUGAUCAAAUUAUUACAGAUCGACAAGGAAUUACGCGUUGAAAAUAUACAGCAAACACGUUUUUUGUUUCC